AUGCUGGCGAGAGCGGCAUUGAUCGGCGCAUGCCUUGCGAUGACAGAGGGCUUCAGCCCCUCCUUCACCACUGGAAGGACCCUUGGACUUCGUGCCGGUGCUCGUGCUCAUGCUCAGGGAGUUCAGAUCGCUCGCUGCCAGCAGAAGCGUGAGGCCGGAGAGUCUGUUGCCGAGUAUGAGAACAGGCUGGAGAGCUUUCGCAGAACCGCCACUGCUGCUGUUCCCUCUGGAUUGCUUCUCAGCCAGCUUGCGUUCCCCUUUCAAGAAGCAGCGGCAAAGGGAGCUGAAUAUGGCUUGUUGGAAGGAAAGGCUGUUGCCUUGAUCCACCCUGCCAUCAUGAUCGCUCUCUACGGAUUCACUUUGUUCACUGGCUACCAGGGUCUGAUGUGGAGGAAAAUCAGGGAGCUCGGGGAUGAGAUGAAGCCUCUCCAGGACGAGGCCAGGAAGCUCAAGGCUGAGAUCGAAUCCCUGACUGCUGCUGAGAAACCGACCUCCUCCGUUGAAAGCAAGCUCAAGAGCGUCGAGAAGGAGCUCGAGACCAUGACCGAGGAGCGCAAGAAGCUUCUUGCCGGUGGAUACAGGGACAAGCACUUUGCUCUUGCCUCCCUCCUCCUCGCAUCUGGCGUCACCUUCUCCAUCGAGGGAUGCUUUGACACCUACUUCCGCACCGGCAAGCUCUUCCCCGGCCCUCACUUGUUCGCUGGAGCUGGCAUCACCGUGCUUUGGGCCAUCGCCGCUUCCUUGGUUCCUGAGAUGCAGAAGGGCAACCAGAACGCCAGGAGCAUGCACAUCGGAAUCAACGCCAUCAUCCUCGGCCUCUUCACUUGGCAGAUCCCCACUGGAUGGAAGAUUCUGGACAAUGUGUUGAACAAGGUUCCCUGGGUUCCUGUGCCACCCCCGGUUUAAGAUCGGAUGCUGGUGGUUGUUGAAACCUCAGAGUCCAUGUAGUGAGGGUGUAAAAGUUGAAAAGUACAGGAAAAGCUUCAAAUUGUU